AUGCAGGAGGACGAGAAGAGCAUUUGGAACCCUGCUUUUAUGGGCAAUGUCCAACAAAAUCAAAAUGCGGCGCCUUAUUUGUUCAAAAACCCGUGGAACGAGAACGGCGGAGCGACGAACCGAAAUUCUGGCGUUUUUAGCCAGCCGCUACCAACAACGUACGAGGAGCCGGACCGGCCUCGAGAUCGUGACGAUUUCCAAUUCAGAAGAAGGAAUUCGAGUCUUAUAGUGCCUCCAACGCGUGCUGCAGGUCCUGCUCCACCAGACUCCCUGCUAUACAACGGGUCCCAGUUGUUCCCGAUGCAGGACGCGCACGACGUGUCUAUGGAUUUGCAUAGAAGGCAAUCUGUUGCUGUGACGUUGCCGCACACGUUCAACACGCAGCAUGGUACGGCCGCUGAGCCUCCGUUUCAGCAGACAGCGUCGACAUUUCACAGGAAACUCAGUACGUUCCCUGGUGCAGUGCUCCCUGCUGCACCUCCACCUCUCAAGCAAUUGCGAAGGCAGGAAGAGAUAUUGCAGCCAUUUGCUAUACCGCAAAUGCAUCGCGUCGCUGGGAAGCAAGAUCUUCAUCCAACGGUCAACGCGACGCCAAAAUAUCGGCGCGCUUCGCUUAAUUCUAAGACAGUUUCUCCCCUAAUAGCGCUCACAGACUCUCUAAUAACCACUUACACGCUCUGUUCUUCCGAAUUUUCAUACCAGACUUCGAAAAAUCCCAAGCGUGUGUUGACGAAGCCCAGUGAGGGGAAGCACAACAACGGCUAUGACAAUGCCAACAGCGACUAUAUUUUGUAUGUGAAUGAUGUUCUCGGAAUAGAACAAAAUAGGAAAUAUUUGGUGCUUGACAUUUUGGGCCAGGGAACUUUCGGUCAAGUGGUGAAAUGCCAGAAUCUUAUAACGAAAGAGAUUGUUGCCGUCAAAGUAGUCAAAUCCAAAAGCGAAUAUUUGAAUCAAAGCAUAACUGAGGCCAAAAUUCUAGAGUUACUGAAUAACAAGAUUGACCCCAUGAACCAACACCAUUUUUUACGGCUGCAUGAAACGUUUGUCCAUAGAAAUCAUCUGUGUCUGGUCUUCGAGCUUCUGAGCAACAACUUGUACGAGCUGUUAAAACAAAACCAGUUCCAUGGCUUGUCUAUCAGUUUGAUUCGCACCUUUUCGCGACAGCUGUUGGAUUCGCUUGGCGUUUUGAAAGAUAACAAAAUCAUCCACUGUGAUCUCAAGCCUGAAAAUAUUCUGCUAGUCUCGUUAGACCGCCCAGAAUUGAAAGUCAUUGAUUUCGGAUCAGCCUGUGAGGAGACAAGAACAGUUUACACAUACAUUCAAUCCAGAUUUUAUCGGGCACCUGAGGUAAUUUUAGGAAUACCUUACUCUGCUGGAAUAGACAUGUGGUCCUUUGGGUGCAUAAUUGUGGAGCUUUUCUUGGGAAUACCCAUAUUUCCGGGCUCUUCAGAAUUUAAUCAAAUCACCAGGAUUGUGGACACACUAGGACUGCCGCCCACAUGGAUGCUUGAUAUGGGCAAGAACUCGAGCAAUUUCUUGAACAAGACCUCAGACGCCGAUAAAACUUGGCGUUUGAAAACAGUGGCGGAAUAUAAUGCUGAGUACAAGACAAAGGAGCAACCGGGGAAACAGUAUUUUAAAUGGCGUACCUUAGAAGACAUUGUGCAGAACUACCGACUUUCCAAAAAACUGGCUGGCUCCCCGGCGCUGGUCGAGAGAGAAAUGCAGGAGAGAAAAUGUUUGACCAAUUUUCUGGAAGGAAUUUUGAAUCUCAACCCACUGGAGCGAUGGACUCCUCAACAGGCCGCCUUGCAUCCUUUCAUCACCCAGCAACCUUUCUGCGGGACGUGGUAUCCUCCUGGCUCGACGCCAGCUAGAGCUGCGAAACGCGAUCGGCCCAAGGAGGCAGGAACCUCGGGCACGGCAAAUGAAUUUACGAAAUUGAGGAUAGACGACUAA